UACGACUAUUAACUUGAGCUCGCUCUCCUACUGAGCUCACCAUCAUCGAUGUCGGGGGAGAAUAAGCCCUCCAUACUCGACCAAUUCGAUGCUGCCGUUCCCCUUGCACAUUUUGAUGCAUUCCCGAAACUUCCUUCAACCUACAAAGCCCGUUCAGAAUCCCGUGGUUUCUUCACUCUUUUGGUCGCUCUCAUCGCAAUCCUACUUGUAUUAAACGAUAUUGGAGAGUAUAUUUGGGGUUGGCCAGAUUAUGAAUUCAGCAUAGACUCCCAGGGCCAGUCCCAUUUGGAUGUGAACGUUGACAUGGUAGUCAAUAUGCCUUGUCAAUUUCUUAGUGUGGACUUGCGUGAUGUAGUCGGCGACCGCUUACUCCUCAGCAGGGCGUUCCGUCGGGAUGGUACUCGUUUCGAUAUUGGUCAAGCAACGACUCUCAAGGAACAUGCCAAAGCUCUUUCUGCUCGCCAGGCAAUCUCGCAAUCCAGAAAAUCGCGUGGAUUUUUCUCUUGGUUCCGCCGCGCUGAACCCGAGUUUCGCCCUACAUACAACUACGAGACGGAUGGAAGCGCAUGUCGUAUUUAUGGCUCCCUACAGGUCAAGAAAGUGACUGCUAAUUUACAUGUUACAAUGCUCGGACAUGGCUAUAAUAGUCACAUGCAUGUGGACCACAGUAAGAUGAACUUGUCCCAUGUGAUCACCGAGUUUUCGUUCGGUCCAUACUUCCCAGAUAUCUCUCAACCCCUUGACUACUCGUUCGAGAUCGCAAAAGAACCGUUCAUGGUAUACCAAUACUUCUUGCAUGUGGUUCCAACUACAUACAUUGCUCCUCGAAGUCGGCCUCUCGAGACAAACCAAUACAGUGUAACUCACUACACCCGUAAGAUGCAGCACAAUGAAGGAGUCCCCGGCAUUUUCUUCAAGUUCGACCUCGACCCGAUGGUUAUCACUAUCCACCAGCGUACAACUUCGUUGGUGCAAUUCAUAAUACGUUGCGUGGGUGUCAUCGGUGGUGUUUUCACCUGCGCGCAGUAUUUCGUUCGUGUCGCCAUUCGCGCAGCGGAUGCCGUCUCAGGGGCAGAUGCCACACCGGGACUUGUGGCUGCCGAAGCUACGGGUGUGAAGCGAAAAUGGGCCGGCGGACAACUACGUGUACGUUCCACUGCACAAAACUCGACGAACGUUGCCAGACAAGGCCCAAGCUGGGUCGUCGAGGGUUCCUCUUCGCCGUACGCAUCCUACGCGAACACGCCCGCCUCAGGCGGAUUCACCGGCCAAAGUCCAUAUCCAUAUUCACCAUAUUUAUCUGCGCCUACCUUGACUAGCAGUACGAGCGUCCCACCGACGCCAGGAACAGGUGUCGGACUUGGCUUUGGCGGGGCGGCGUUUGGCCCGCCGCCAAGUGGGAGAGGGCAUAGGAAGGGAAAGUCAGUUAAUAUUUCACGAAGUGUUAGUGGGGGUCUCAGUUCACCCUUCGCCGUUCCCUCACCGCUCAUGUCCCCGGUUGUGGAUGCACCAGGCCCACCACCCUCGGAUAAGAAGGAUGAUUGACGGGAUACUUAGUACAGUACUAUGUACUACUACUGAAAGAUUUCACUCGCCGGCUAGAGAGUUAGCUGCUAAUAACAGCUCACAUAUAGCCAAUAUCUGAAGAGUGAGAGUCAGCAAAGAAUCAGGUCCAGGUUUC